CAUAUCUUCCUUAUUCAGUUAAUUAUUGUAAAUUAAAUUCUUCUUGUCAAGUAUACCUAGAAAUGUUGAAUAACACAAAGGACUUGCGCCAUAUUCAAUCCAUGUCUUAGAUGUAUCAACACCUUACAAAUCUAGACUUAAUUUAUCAGAAUUCUAUUCAACCAAUUUGUUUAAUCAUCAGGAUGUGCCGGGAUUCAUGUCACAAAGGGAAAACAUAUUCAAGAUCCAUCCGAAGUGGCUCCAUGUUUGAGAAUUCCCAUGUGCGACUGCAAACAUGGAUGCAUUUCAUCUACAGAUUUGCCCAAGGCCUUCGAUUGCAACAAGUGGACAUGCUGCAGGAAGGAAUUACUCGUAGCUCUGCAACUCUGACUAAGCUCGCAGACAAGCUGCGGAGAGUUUGUAAAUCUGCCAUGAGAAGAGUGAGAAGAAGAGGCCAGCAGACCAUUGGAAGACGAAGUGAAGUUGUUAUGAUCGAUGAAAGCAAAUGUGGCCAUAAAAGAAAGUACAACAGAGGACGGGCGAGCAACAGGAGUUCCUGGGUGUUCAGAAUGCUUGGAAUCAGAAAUGACAGGAGAAGACCCAUUCUCAAGAUCGUGCGUCGCCGCUCAGCCAGACAUCUUAUGCCUCUCAUAAAGAAGCACAUUAAGACCGGAAGCUCAGUCAUUUCAGAUGGAUGGAGGUCUUACAGCCGGCUUCAGGACGAAGGUUAUAAUCACCUGACUGUCAACCAUCAAGAAUCUUUUGUUGACCCUGUUACAGGUGCACAUACACAGAACGUAGAGAGAUUUUGGGGUAUUUGCAAGACAACUAUCUGGAGACUUAGAGGAAAUCGGACACAAAGUUCGUUAAAAGAUCAUUUGGAUGUCAUUGAGUGGACUUACUGGCGUGGAAAACAUCACAGAUAUGGACCACUUGGAAUGCUUUUGCAUGACAUUAGAAAAAAAUAUAAAGUGUGAAGCCUGUGAAAGGUAGCAUAUGUUGCAGAUAGCACAUUUAC